AUGGACUGCGGGGUGCGGUUUGUAGCUGGCUGCCUUCUGUGCAUCGGACUCGUGGGGAACCCAAAUGGAAUCGCUGCAGCAGGCCCAAGUUUCCGAAGAAGCAGGCAACUUCCCUGUGUGUUUGAGACGAGCAAGACCAUUCCCCUGUCAAAAGAGACCGAGAUCAUCAGGCUGAAUGUCAGGCUCCUGCUGAGUGGAACUGGAUCAAAAGAUGGUCAAAGGUCUCAGCCAGAAAACCUUCCUCCAGACAAUAUCCCCUCAUUUAUUGUACAAGAGUCCUCGGUGGACAUUCUACAGUAUGCAAACGAGGAUAUCAACAUGCUUGACUGUAGGAUCAGCCCUUACUUUACAGCAGACACUCAGAUCAUCUGGCCUGGGAGAGAAAUCAGAGCCAGCAGUUUGGACUCCUGGUUCACGUGUACCAUAAAACACACAGCUGGAAAAUACACAACUACAGCCUUCCUUGUGCAAGAGCAGAAAGAAGAGAACCCAAAUCCUGGACAGCUUUUCCCAGGCAUUGCAGAGCGAUUGCAUGUUUCAGCGCGGCUCCUGCUGCGCACAGCGCCUGCCCGCCUGCGCUUAGCCCUGGCCAAGGACGUCCGGCUGGACUGCGCCUUCUCCGUGGACCACCGGGCAGAUGUGACCAUCCAGUGGGUGCUGCAGCGGAAAGGGGGGCACAAACAGCGCCUGUUCACUUACAGUGGAUCCAGCAAGCAGGUGGAACAUGUGGGGCACCGGGUUGAGGUGGCCCUGGAGGAAAUCCCCAAGGGAAACGCUUCCCUGUUACUCAGAAACACGGAAAUGAGAGAUGAAGGAACCUACUCUUGCCUGGUGUCAGUGGCUUCUCUCACUGGGGAACAGACAAUCCAGCUGCAAAUAGAAGAAAAACCCACGGUGACCGUCAGCGUUAACUCCCUGUCCCUGAUUGAAGGAGAGCAGCACAAGCUGGUCUGCAAUAUCAGGCACUACUACCCACACAACAUCCAGGCUCAGUGGCUCCGGGAGUCGAAGCACUCCUGGAAGGUGCCCGAGAUCAUGAAGAACGUUCUCUCGAGCAGCCACCGGCAGAGCAGCAAUGGCACCUACAGCUCCUCCACAUACUUCGUGCUCACAGCGUCCCUGAAGGACGAUGGCCAUAAGUACACGUGCCGGGUAGACCACCCGAGCCUGCAGUCCCCCAUCAGGAGAAGCGUGACAGUGGAGGUGAGAGAAGCUACCUCCACCGCCUGGCUGCUGCUCCUCCUCAGCCUCGCCGUGUGCCUCAUGGGCGCCCUUUGGUACCAUCACAAAGGGCUGCAGCCUUUUCUUUUCAAACGGGUGAAUUACACGCACAAGUGGGAGCACUACGUGAACCGAAGUGCGAGGCUGUCAGAAACUACGUAA